AUGCCUGCCAAAUGCCUUACUCUCCGGCCGACUGGUCUCGAUACGACUCCGUCCGUAAUGCCAACCUUGAUCUAUGGAACUGCAUGGAAAAAAGAAAGCACAACGCCAUGCGUGUACACAGCCCUGAAAACCGGAUUUCGCGCGGUGGACACCGCUGCACAGCCCAGGCAUUACCGCGAAGACCUGGUCGGGGCGGCCAUGAGGAGAGCAAUUGCCGAGAACAUCGUCAAACGGGAGGAUCUCUAUAUUCAAACCAAAUACACACCCGUUACAUCGCAAGACCCGAACAACAUGCCCUACGAUGCCCACCUGAGUAUAAGCGAUCAAGUCAAAGCCUCGAUCAACUCAUCACUCGUCAAUUUUUGUGCCUCCGAAGCCGAGACCAGGGAAGGCAGCUACAUUGACACGCUUGUGCUUCACACGCCCCUCCCAACUAUAGAGCAGACUAUAGAAGCCUGGACUACUGCCGAGAGCUUUGUACCCAAUUCUAUUCGCAACCUUGGAAUCUCUAACUGCACUCUCCCAGUACUCAAAGCGCUCUGUGCUUCCCCCAAGCUCAAAAUCAAGCCUGCAGUCGUGCAGAACCGUUUCGUACAAGACCCAUACGACUAUGACGUGGAAUUGCGUUCGUUUGCUCGUGAGAAUGAUAUUAUAUAUCAGUCCUUCUGGACGUUGACGGCUAAUCCAGACCUUGUCAAGAGCGAACCAGUGCAGCAUCUUUCCACGAAGACUGGAAUUAGCAAUGCGGCCGCUCUGUAUGCUUUCGUAUUAAGUCUGGGGGGAACGUCAAUUCUUGACGGCACCAAGAGCCAGAUACACAUGCAAGUAGAUCUUGCUGCGGUCUCGACAGUAGAGAAAUUUAGUCAAGAGCAUCAACAAGACUGGCAAGGGCUUUUGAGCAGUUUCAAGCGUCUGAUUGGAGAGAAGGCAUGA